UACCAUGACACAGCUCGCCUCUAUAUAUUCACCUUGGAUCUCAUGGGUCGAAAUUACCCCAUUAUCACGGCUGUCAACGGUCUCCCUUACGACAGCGUGUCUCUCCUCCCCUGCACAACUUCACUUGGAGGUGUCAUCGUCCUCACAAGCAAUUCCAUCAUUUAUGUCGAUCAAGCAGCUCGCCAUGUGUCCCUUCCUGUCAAUGGCUGGGCUACACGUGUAAGUGAUAUGCCAAUGCCUCCAGCAGACAAAGACCUUGGCCUGUAUCUCGAAAGUAGUCGGCUCGUGUUUGUCGAUGAAAAGACUUUCUUUGUUAUUCGAAAGGAUGGCAUGAUACACCCCAUCGAGAUUAUCCUUGACGGGAGGACUGUAUCCAAACUAGUGCUAUUCCCCGUUAUUGCUCAGACAACCAUACCAGCUGUCGCCAGACUACUAAAUGACGACCUGCUUUUUGUAGGCAGCAUGGUUGGACCGUCGGUAUUGAUGAAGACUGCUAGAGAAGAGGUACCUCUCGAGCUUCCUGCGCAGCAAACUGGUGUUUCCGCCACUAUGAAUUUUUCUGAUAGUAUGGAUUUAGACAAUGACGAUGAUCUAUACGGCGAUUCACAGACAGCCACACAGAUGGCAGUUGGAGCAGCAUCGGGAGCUAGUGCUAUGACAAAGACUCGUUCCAUCAUUCACCUUUCAUUGUGUGACUCAUUACCUGCAUAUGGCCCAAUUGCUGAUAUGACAUUCUCUCUUGCUAAGAACGGAGAACAUUUUGUUCUGGAACUUGUUGCUGCCACAGGAGCAGGUCAUUUAGGCAGAUUCACCCUUUUCCAAGUGAACUGCUUGCGACUCUCAUCAUGA